AGCGGCAUGAUUUUGGUAUCGCCUAAAACCGGAGCGUUGUGCAUCUCUCUACUCAUCUCUGUGGAAACUCACGCCACUGUCAAACCUACUCGUCUUUGGUAGUCUGUGGUAGUCUAUUCAGAAAUCGAUAGCGCAGUGCCAUCUAGAGUAAAAGUCAUUGUCGCGCAAACGUCAAAAUCGAAUAAAUAGUCGUCUGUAGCAGCGGUCGAGCAGACGUCACGAUACUUAUGACGGGGUGAGAAUGGGGCGCGAGGAAGUGUCAAUUUGAUUAUCGUUGGUCAUCGACUUUCGGUGUGCGGGAAUUGUGAUUUAGCAACAAACCACCGAUGGUUGUCAAAUUACUGCCGGUGAUAUUCGUGGGUGCCUCAGGGCGGCGAGAUAGGCCGCCUUUUUAAUUUCAAGGGAGGAAUGACGCUGGAGGAUCCCUUCUUUGUCGUCAAGGACGAGGUGUGCAAAGCUUUGAACAAGACUCGAGGAUUGUAUGGUCGUUGGACUGAGCUACAAGAUGUUACGGUCGUUACUCCUACAAUAGCUGGUCUUCCUGUUUCCCGCGAAGAGUUAGAAUGGACAACCACUGAAUUAAGAAACGCUCUUCGUUCGAUCGAGUGGGAUCUCGAGGAUUUGGAAGAUACGAUCUGUAUCGUAGAGAAAAAUCCCACGAAAUUUAAAAUUGACAACAAGGAGUUAACUAUCCGGCGGAAUUUUAUCGAACAAACACGUGACGAAGUCAAGAUUAUGAAAGACAAGAUGAACUUAAGCAGAGGACGAGACCGCGAUCGUACCGCAAGACAGCCACUUUUGGAUAACAGCCCUGCCAGGGUUCCUGUCUCUCAUGGCACAACAAAAUAUAGCAAGUUGGAAAAUGAGAUUGACAGUCCAAAUCGACAAUUUUUGGAUGACACCUUGCUGCAGCAGAAUAGCAUGAUGCAUCAGCAAGAUGAACAGUUGGAUAUGAUUGGAGAGAGUAUUGGAACUCUCAAAACAGUAUCCCGCCAAAUAAAUUCUGAAUUGGAUGAACAGGCUGUUAUGCUGGAUGACUUUGGGAAUGAGCUGGAAGUUACCGACUCAAAAUUGGAUGCAACUAUGAAGAAAAUGGCUAAGGUUCUCCACAUGAGCAAUGGUAAUUAUGAUAACUACAUUCCCGCUCCUACUACUUCUUCCUCUACUGUUGAGGAACUUGUUUCUAAACCAUCUUCUCUUUCUUCUUUAUCCACUACUUUGACUAAUUGCUUUUUAUGUUCUGGCGAAUAAUGUUUAUAAGAAUUAUACAACAUGAUUCUUUGGAAUAUUAUACAUAGAGAAUACUUAUUUUAGACACGUUAUGGUAAAAAGAUUUUGAGAUACACUGGCAAUGCAGAUACUACUUUCGUUUUAAGUUCUGUUUAACUAUUCUUUAAAGAGAAUCACAUAGUACUCUGUUAUUCAAUUUACCGAUACAUGUUUUUGUUAAAUUCUCUACGAAUGCAUUAACGUUAUUAAUUUAAUUCAAGUGAGCUAAUCGUAUCUAGGAAGACAGAUGAAUUAUGAAAAUAUUAAGAAAAAAUUACACUAUUAAUAUCCCAAAGCUAAUAUCUCCUCGUACUUCACUGUCGAUACUCUAAUGUCACAAAAACUGUUUCGCGCCUACUACUAUUAAUUUUUCAAAAAGGUGCAAUCUCAGAGGAAUAUAUAUUGUUAAAUAAAUCUUAUUCAAAGCUAAAAUGAUUCAAGAAUAUAUUGAAUUCAUACAAAUGUAUGUAAUUUAGUAAAUGCUAUAUGAAACCUAUGCCAAAUUAUUUAUCAAACAGGGAUAGGUAUUUAUGUCCAACAAACAGAAGUAUCAUGGACCAGUAAUAAAUGACGCUAGUUAUUCUGUCAGUGAUUAUUAAAUGCCAAAUAGUUAUUGAGUAAUACAUAACUUUUCAAAAGUCAAUGACUCUCACAGAAGAAAACUUAUUAUGACUGUAAAUAGACAUACCUAUGAACUAUACCUCUUCAAUCUGUAAAGCAGGCCUUGAAAAGUUCACCGGUUGACAUUGUCUAUAAGAUGCGACUGCUACUCGAAGCAGACAUUUAUUGUUGAGGGAAUUUGUGACGAUAUAUUAACUUAGAAACUGUUGUAGCUGAGAUGUGGAAACAUUGUUUAUAUAACCAUUAAGUAAACAUUAAUGUUACUUCUGUACGUCGAUAAGAGAAAUUUAACAAUUAACAACAGUAGUGUGUAACUAACAAGAGAAACUAGUUCUCGUAAUCGACCAGUUGUGAUGAUAGAUUUGACCAAUAAAAUCUGAGAUCUAGUUUACUCGUCAAAGUA